AUGACGCCUUCCGCGGCGCUUCCAGCGCUGCGUUUCGGGGUGGUGGCGGAUGUUCAGUACGCAGACGUGGAUGACGCCUGGAACUUCCGGCGGACGCAGGUUAGGAGGUACCGGCAGGCCCUGGAUGCGCUGAGAGCGGCGGUGGAGGACUGGCAGCAGGGCCCGCCGCUGGCCUUCGUGGCAGACCUCGGGGCAGUGCGAGGCCAAUAA